GUGAAAGUAUAUUUUGAGGUUGUUUACUUUCAUUCAAACAAUUAAAAUUAAAUAACUAUGUCUUCUACAAUUGUUCAAUAUGUGGUUGUUCGAGGCGAUUUAUUAAGAACUUUGGGAUGGCCCGUUGGAGCAGUGGUGGCCCAAGCCUGCCACGCCACAACUGCUUGUAUGCAUUUAUUUCGAGAUGAUCCUGAUACUCAGGAAUAUUUAAAGGAUAUGGAUAAUAUGCAUAAAGUUGUCCUGGAAGCGCCUAAUGAAAAUACAAUCCAAACCCUUCACACCACUUUGGAAACCGAAGGCAUAAAACAUAAAUUAUGGAUCGAACAACCGGAAAACAUUCCCACGUGUUUAGCGUUAAAACCUUAUCCGAAAGAUCAAGUCCAAAAAUAUUUUAAAAAGCUGAAAUUAUUUAAUAUUAAAAAUAUUACUGAAUAA